AUGGAAACAGCACCGGAGACAAAUGUCGCUUUCCCCGCGGAUCCCGCACGAAGUGCAGACGAAGCCAUCACUGAGCCCUUGCCUGACACCACGACACCUGCAAAGCCCGAGGAAAUCGAAACCUUGGCGAGGUUGGCAGGCAUUGGCCAAAUUUGUGCGGGGAACGGACCUCCAUGUGUGUCCCUUCUGCCUUCAGUCUUGAGCCCCAUCCUGCAAAUGUUGCCUAGCUGGCUCAAAGACCGCCGUGCAACAGUGCACUCCCCCUGCACCUGGAGUCCUCUCCUUUGCCCGAUGGCCGAGUCUUCGCAAGCGAUUCAGGCAGAGCUUGUCAGUGCGCAAGCUCAAGCCAACAUGCUGAGGGGCAUGAUGGCCUCGCCGAGUCCCACGAAUCCCGACUUAGGAGUCCAGACGCGCCACCAGCCGCAGCAGGAGCCGAUGGAAACACAGAGCAGGGAAGGCAAGCGUGCCAAAGCGGAUGGCAGCGAGGAGGAGACCGGGGGCAAUGGCAACGGCAAGGGGUCCAAGUGGCCGCAUCAGGAUCAGGAGAAGGGCGGUCGAUCCUACAGUGGCUGGGGCUCCCACAGCAGCAGCCAGAACUGGUGGAAGCAAGGCCAGGAUCAGCAGGACCAGCAGGGCCGCACGGACCUCAAGGAGCUCUGCCUGGCCUUAUCGAGACUGGUCCUUCGCCACGAAGACCAACAGAGCAUUUGCCGCAGCGAGACAGGAUUCGUCAUGUUCAUGCAGACCAAGGGGAUGCUCUCGGUUCUACAGGACCUUUACAAGGCCAACGAAACCUGGCGCCGCGCAAAGGAGCAGCAGCCGGAGACACUCACGCUGCCCCUCAGGACAGCAAUGCUGCACCAUUUGUUGGAACUCUGGUUCAACAGAAUGGAGACUGUGAACCAGUCGGAGGAGGGCAUCGAGAAUGCCCAGGAGCUUCUGAUCCUGAAUGCGGAGGGAAAAGUGCCGUACCUUCAGUGCAAUGCCAAGGAGAAGAAGCUGGAGAUCAAGCCCGACCGGGACCCGAUGGAGGUGGCAGAAGUCAAGAUAAUGCUCAAAGAGCUCACCUCCCUGGUACUGCUGCCCCUCACAGUACUCAGGUUUCAUGCCACGAGAAAAUUGGAGCAGGAUCUCCAAGGCGAUAUCCUUCCAAUGGUACUGGAGAUCGGGAUGAGAACUCCCGAAGCGGACCAGGCCUGGAAAUACUUCCAACGCCUGUCCCACUCCCGGGCAUGCCGGGCCAUGGCAAUGUCGUUGCGACCGGACAAGCUAGGGAGGAGCGCCUUAGCCAACAAUGUGCAGAAGAUGACCGAAAGCAUGUCCGGCACUUACGUUUGGGCAAUAGCAGCAAUUACUGCUAUAGCAACGCGGCCUUCCUAUCCCUACUUUGGACUAAUGCUUCACUCUUAG